AUGUUCAGUGAACAAAGCGAUGUAAAGUCUCAGAAAGCGGAAAUUGAAAAGGUGUCGAGCUCUCUUGACAUAUUGCUCCAGCGCAUCAGAGAUUCCCAGCACUUUGAUUGCCUUGUUACCGAAAAGCGCUUGGAGUUUGAAAAUUCACUCAGGGGUUUUAAUCCCGACGUCAUGAACGAUGGACAGAAGAUAGUGCUGAGGCCUUUGAAAAAAGGGUUCAAUGAUUUUGUCACACACCUACGCAACGCAUAUGUCUCCAGAUAUUCUAGACAGACCAUCGAUUGGCAGAAACCAAAACAGACUCCAACAUCUACUACGUCUUCAACUGGCGCUCCAAAAUCGGUUCCCCUUCCAGCAUCCGCUGCAACUACGGUGUCUGUGCAACAAGAAAAGGAACCGUCGGAAGACGCCAUGAAAUGCGCCAAAAUAUGUGCUACAAUAAUCCCAAUCAUAGAGAGCCGGUUAACCAAUAUGAGAAAGCGCCGCCAUAACACCGGUUGGAGAACUAAGAAAUGUUUCGGCAACUUAGACGGCAGUCUACCUGCCUUCCUUGCUGAUUGUGACUACAGUGUUUGCGCUGUAGGAGACAAGCAGGAUGGCGAGGUGAGAAGAGAUUUGAAUGGUUCUUCCAUUUAUGAACUGCUUGAGACAGAGGUCAACGGUCAGACGUUGUUUAAUAAGAAUAACGGAAAGGGAUAUGAAAGCAAAACACUUUCUGAGCUGACCGGACACUUAAAAACAUAUUACACGACAUGCCACUUAACACUUCCACCUUCACCUAAAUACCCCUGCAGUGUCUUCCUUACACUAGUGUCUACAGUCAAAUUAAUGGUUAUUGUAAAUCAUUGCUUGAUAAAGAUGAGUCGUAUAAGAAGGACAGCGUCAUCUUACCAAUGCUUGAACAUAACUUAUCCAGCUACAUAA